AUGGUGUUAAAUCCACUGAUCAGAAGUGUUUUGAAUCUUGUAGCUCUGGCAUGGGCAGACAUAUUAAUUGCGUACGCCAUGUGGAUGCUCAUGAUCUAUUUAACAGAUGUAUGGAAGCUUGCUUUCACAUACUCUGCUGGCAUUAUCAAUGUAUACAUGGGUCUAACUGGCAUUAUGCCCCUAUUUAUGCAAUUCAUUGCCGAUACAGGAAUGGGCUUCUUGACAAUGUCAACACCACCCGUACUUUCUAAGCUUACCGGAACAUGUGGUUCCUAUGAGCCUGAAUGCAUUGGUGACACUCAACAUAUACUCUUUUACGCUGCACUAGCUCUAAUAGCUGUGGGAACAGCUGGACAUGUGACUUCUUUAGCUAGUUUCCUUGGUGAACAAUUAAUGGAUGCCAUUGAGAAUAUCUCCACCAGAUCAAUCAUCUCUGCUUAUAUUGGAAAUAUUGUAACAUUUUUUGUCAGCGUGGUUGCAGUUCUUGGAUUACCAUAUAUAAAGCCAUGGUCACUUCAUUUUGGGAUUCCAACCAUAUGUAUCCUGGUUGCAACAAUAAUAUUCCUUAGCGGAUCUCGUACAUAUGCAUAUGUUGGACCCCAAGCAUUGUACUUCAGUGUUUCCGGGUUGUUUUGUGGAUUUAAUACUCGAACUGUGGCUCCCGUAAUUGGAAUAAUGGUAUCAAUGGUACUAGGUGCACUAUGCUGUGUUACUGCUGCAAAGGUCGAAUCCCAUAGGCUUCAUGUGGUUAAAAGCCAUGGUUUACUGGAUAAGCCCGAUGAGAGAAUUCCUUUGUCCGUCUUCUGGUUACUUCCUCAAUUUAUCCUCCUUGGUGCUGUAGAGGGCAUGUUUGAAAUCAGUGCAGCUGCUUUCUUCGAUCUUUAUUUCACUCCCGCCUUGAACAGGUACAUGCUCCUUUUUGGCUGUGUUGUGCAUGGGCUGGGAUGCAUAGGCAGUAUACUUUCGGUCUACGCAGUGGGUAAGGUGAGUGAAAGGGGAGGAAUGCCGAGUUGGUUCCAGGAUACCCUCAAUAAGAGUAGGCUCGAUAAUUACUACUGGUUUCUGUGCUGCCUCUGCGCCAUAAACCUCGUCAUGUAUGUGGUAAUGAGGUUUUGGUAUGCCUGGAGGAGUACAGAUGCAACAAGACCAAGAUGA